CGAAAUUUCCUAUUAAAUCUAAUUUUUGAUAUUUAGCGCUUCUUUCUCUUUCAUUCCGAUCAAUACAUUUUUAAGACCUUAAAAUUAAAACCUGCGCUGUUGCAUUUAAGUGCGAAAAUUGCGUGAAAACACCCCAAUUUGAGGUUAGAAUUUUGAAAACAAAUUGAAUUUUUGUGGUCAAAAAAGUAAUCAUUUAGGGACCAAAAUGUCGAUUUUGGAAUAUUCGACAAAAUUUAUUGAGGUUAGAUCACCCCGUAACGAGUAUAGGUGCCAAAAAUGCCCGUAUUUUACCUCCUCGGCGCUUCUUUUUGCAAACCAUACACGAAGACAUCAGUCAUUAACAACACCCUUCAACUGCGAAACCGUGGAUGUUGAAGUUUAUUACUGCAAGGAUUGCAAUAUCCGGAGUGAGUUGCUACUAAUGUUGAAGAAACACCUAGAAAGGUGCCACAGCGCUAAAACUGAAAACCGUAUGGAGUAUGUCAUUAGGAGCUAUAUUUGUAAAAAGUGCAAAUUUGAAACCCACUUUUUGCUUCAAUGGUUGCAUCAUGUAGCACUCUGUGGUGCCAUGGGUGACAUUAAGGAAAAUUCCACGUGGUAUAAUUGCGAUUGGUGCGAAUAUAAAUCUAAGUACAAAUCUAAGCUAAAAUCACACGUGUCUUCAAGCCAUGCUAAAACCCGCCGGCUUAAAUGGUAUGAAUGUAAAAAGUGCCCUUACAAAAAUCGGUUUCUAAGCAAUUUAAAAAGACACAUCACUGCGCACCAUUUGGACGAAGACAAUAUUAAAUGGUACAAAUGCAAAGAGUGUCCGUACAAAACUAAACAAAACGCCCAUUUAAAAAACCACGUAAAUGCCAUUCAUACCGAUGAAACUGUUAUUAAAUGGUACGCGUGCAAAAAAUGCCAUUACAAAUGUAAACAAAAGUCCACGUUAAAUAGACACGUUAUGUCGGUACAUGUAGAUGCCAAAGAUAUUAAAUGGCACGAAUGCAAAAUAUGCCAAUUCAAAAGCAAACAAAAAUCGAACUUAAAGCAACACAUAAAUGCGCAACAUCUGGACGAACAGGGUAUUAAAUGGUACGAAUGCCAACAAUGUCCAUACAAAACAAAACAGAACUCGCAUUUAAAAAGUCACAUAAAUGCGCUCCAUGCGGACGGGGGGGAUAUUAAAUGGUACGAAUGUUACCACUGCCCAUAUAAAUCUAAGCAAAAGUUUGCUUUAAGCAAACACAUCACGUUGCGACAUUUAGACGAAAAGAACAUUAAAUGGCACAAAUGUCAACGUUGUCCGUACAAAGCUAAAGAAAAAUCGUAUUUAAAGCAACAUAUAAACGGACAACAUAGCGAUGAGCAAGAUAUUAAAUGGUACAUAUGUGACAAAUGUCCGUAUAAAGCAAAGCAAAGUUCGCAUUUGAAGAUUCACAUAAACGCGCUUCACACAAGUGAGGAGGAUAUUAAGUGGUAUGAAUGUGAAAAGUGUUCGUACAAAUGUAAACAAAAAUUCAAGUUGAAUAGACACAUGCUGUCGCGGCAUGUAGAUGAGAAGGAUAUUAAGUGGCACGAGUGUGGCAAGUGCUCGUAUAAAGCUAAACAAAUGUCUAAUUUGAAGCAGCACGUGAAGACGCAACAUCAGGAUGAGAGUGCUAUUAAGUGGUAUGAAUGCAAAGAGUGUCCGUAUAAAACUAAGCAGAAUUCGCAUUUGAAAAGUCACGUGAAUGCGCUGCAUGCGAGCGAGGAGGAUAUUAAGUGGUACGAAUGUGACGAAUGUAGUUACAGGUCGAAGUAUAAGCCGCAUUUGCGGAAACAUGUAAAUGGGAAACAUUCGAAGGGGUAGAAUUUAAUCGUGGGGUACACUUUUUUUUAUCUGUGAAAUAUUUUUCUACAUAAAGUAACUGACUAUGAAAAAAAUACUCACAGGAAAUUAAACGAUUUUUUUGUCGAGUCUGUCAAUAAAUGAGUGUUGAAAUUUC